ACAAGAAGACGACAGGCCUAUUUCAAUCAGAUGCUCCAACCCGGUGUGUAAGCGGAGACCCUGCAGUGAAGUGUGCGUGCUCCUCCCUCCCCACCGCGGUGCCCGCUGUCAGCUCCAUCCCUGGGUGGCUGAGGCCAUGGUGUUGGUGCUGCGAGCCCUGCUGCCCUGCUUCUGCACGCUGCUCUCCCUGAACCUGCUGCCUGGAGUGGAACCCGCCGUGCCCCUGGAGGACUUCUACCCCUUUGGCCAGGACAUGGGGGACUCCCAGACCAACUCUCAGGACGACGGAGGCUCCAGGCUUGUGCAGAUCUCCGUUGCUUUCCCCUUCUUUGGAGACAAGCACACGGGACUCUACGUUAACAACAAUGGCCUCGUGUCUUUCCUGAGGGAGGUGUCUCAGUUCACACCUGUGGCUUUUCCGAUCGCCGGGGACAGGAGGGUCGUGGCCCCGUUCUGGGCUGAUGUGGACAACCGUCGAGCAGGGAGGGUCUUCUACAGAGAGAGCCGGGAUUCCUCCACCCUGAGGAGGGCCUCGGGCGAUGUCAAGGCGUACUUCUCAGAGUUCCCCAACUUCAACGCAACGUGGGUCCUCAUCGCCACGUGGCACCAAGUUACUUUCUUCGGAGGCAACUCCCUCACACCGGUAAAUACUUUCCAAGUGGUGCUUAUUACCGAUAGAGAGCUUUCCUUCACGAUAUUCCAGUACAAUAACAUCACUUGGACCACGGGCAUGCAUGCCAGCAGUGGAGGAAACCUGGCUGGGCUGGGUGGGAUUGCAGCGCAGGCAGGUUUCAACGCCGGCGAUGGAAAGCGCUAUUUCAACAUCCCCGGCUCGCGCACGGCUGACGUGGUGAACGUUGAGGGAACCACCAACGUGGGCUACCCGGGCAAAUGGGUCUUCCGUAUAGACGAUGCGAAUGUGGAAGUGGGUGGCUGCAAUGAUUCCGCUUCAGUGUGCCCACACCUGCGACCGUGUCUGAACGGAGGACAGUGCAUCGACGACUGCAUCACAGACAACCCCUCCUUCACCUGCUCCUGCUUGGCCGGCUUCACCGGCCGGCGGUGCCAGAUCGAUGUCAAUGAGUGUGCCUCAAGUCCUUGCCAGAACGGAGGGACUUGUGAAGACCAGAUUAAUAGUUUCCUAUGUCACUGUCCACCUGGAUACACUGGGAUUCAGUGUGAAACAGACAUUGACGAGUGCAAAGACAGACCGUGCCUCAACAACGCUCUGUGUGUUCAAGGCACUGGCAGUUUCACCUGUGUGUGUGAACCGGGUUACACUGGUGUCCUGUGUGAGACAGACAUCAACGAAUGUGAGUCCCAGCCCUGUCUCAACGGAGGAGAGUGCGUCGAUCAGGUGGCCAACUUCACCUGUAUUUGUCCUGCCGCCUUCACCGGAGCGCUCUGCGAGACAGAGUUGGUGGUGCUGCAGGUCAAUUCAACCGAGGUGGAAAACCAAACAGCCGCGUGUGAGGAGUACAACUGCACGAAGCACCGGAAUUGUGAAGACGCCGGCUCGGGAGCCUACAACUGCACAUGUGCUCCAGGCUUCUAUGGUGACGAGUGUGAAGAGGAAUGUCUUUGCCAGAAUGGGGGUGUCUGUGUGGACAUCAAUGGGACUUGUGAAUGCCCUUCAGGCUACACAGGACUCUACUGUCAGUUUGAAGUAACCCAGACGCCAUGCAGUAACAGCAGGCCGUGCCCUGAUGGCGGUCCUUGCUUGGAGUACGGAGGGACCUACCUGUGCACAUGUCAGACUAGUGCAGCAGAGCUGGACCACAAGGACUUCUACCCCUAUGUACAGCCCCGAUCGGUCUGCGACUCCUCUCCGUGUCUGAAUGGGGGCUACUGCUACGAGCGGGAUGGAGGCUACACCUGUGAAUGCAAAUACGGAUACUUGGGGAAGCACUGUGAAAAAGUUAGACUCAAUACCUGUGCUUCUGGCCCCUGCCGCAACGGAGGCUCCUGUAAGGAAGAGGCAGGGAGCUACAGAUGUGUGUGUCCUUACAGAUUCACUGGAAAACACUGUGAAGUGGGGAAGCCAGACCCCUGUGCCUCCAGCCCGUGUCUGAAUGGGGGGACAUGUUUCCACUACAUAGGAAAGUACAAAUGUGAAUGCACAGAGGCCUUCAGCGGCAGGCACUGUGAAAGAAGCAGGAGCUCAGUACAAACCCCCGCAGCGCUUGGCUGCGGGCUGCCUCCACAAGUGAAGCACGCCGAGGUGCAGUUCUCCUCAACAACAACAGGCUCCAUGGCGGUCUACAUAUGCCACUCAGGCUUCAUAUCUGUGCCCAGAGCCACCCAGAGCAUCUGUGGCAUUCAGGGAGACUGGAGCCAGCCACCCAUUUGUGAGGAGAUCAAUGGAUGCCUGUCACAGCCUUGUCUUAAUGCCGGUACAUGUCGGAACCAGGUCGGAUCCUACCAGUGUGAGUGCGAUGAUGGCUUCACUGGAAACCGCUGUCAGACAGUAGAAAUAAACGGAUGCCUGUCGGAACCCUGCAAGCACGGGGGGACAUGUGAGGACCGGCCCGGCUCCUACGUGUGUCAUUGUUCUCAAGGCUUCAAAGGCCAGAACUGUGAAAUAGAGCAGGACGGGUGUGAGUCCAACCCUUGUCUAAAUGGAGGCGUGUGUCGAGGUUACAGGCGGAAUUAUUUGUGCGCAUGCAAAGACGGCUUCUUUGGGGACCAGUGCCAGAUGUUGGAGAACCCGUGCGUACUGCAGCCUUGUGGAAACCGUGGCCUCUGCAGGAGUGACAAGAGAGGGAACUACAACUGUGUUUGCAGAGUCGGACACACAGGCAAAGACUGUGAGAAAGACCUGUUGCCUCCCUCCGGUCUCCAUGUGCUGCGCGUGGAAGAGAACGAGGUGGAGCUGCGCUGGGACGAGCCGGAGCCCUCACACAGCCUGAUGAGCGGGUUCCUUGUCACGUACGGUCCCCUGGGCUGGAGCAAUCCCAAAACUGACAUGCUGGAGAGGCAGCAGUCCUCCCACGUCAUGCGAGGCCUGGUGCCCGGCCUGCUGUACAACAUCUCCACCUUCUCCAUCAAACGCAACACCAACAGCAACGACAACAGCCAGCCUGCCACCGCACUCAUACGCACCAGACCUGAGCCGGUGGAGCAGCUUCAGGUGGUCAACGUGUCCUCCUCUCAGGUGUGGCUGAGCUGGCUGGUUCAGGCGGCCCGUCAUGCGGCCGUCAGCAGGGUGCACGUGUCUCUGUUGCCCUCAGACGGCGGCGAGGCUCGCACCGCCGUGCUCAACACGAGCACCACGGAGCACACGUUCAGUUUGUUACUCCCUGGUCAGAUGUACACGUUGGAUGUGUUGACUCAAAGUGGAAUCAGACCGGAUGAGUUUCCCUCCACCAGCCACUCAGCUGGACCACUGCAAUUCUGGACAAGGCCUCUCCCCCCACAGAACCUCUCCCUGUCACAUGUGACCACUAACUCAGCCCUGAUCACCUGGAGCCGCCACCCGAGAAACGUCCCAGAUGGCUUCGUGGUCAACGUGACCCGAGGGUUGAACACCAGGAGUCGCUUCCUGCCCAACGGGAAAUUAGGAUCGUAUACCCUGCGCGAACUGACGCCAGGACAGCACUACUAUGUGGCCCUGAUGUCGGUGAAAAGCACAGGGCAGGAACAGAUCCACAGCAUACCUCAACACUUAGCCUUCACUACCUUGCCAAUGGGGCCACGAUCAGGGAGAAGAGAGAGGCCGAGCGGGACUGGACAGGGGACUCAGGCGGUACGCACACUUCCCCCAUCUCAGCCUCAGGACCUGGGAGGCACGACAGAAACAGAGAACGCAGAGGAGUUGCCCAGAUACACAGAACUCAUUGACAGAAGGGGAAAGAUAACAGCCAAGUUCACUCACUUGCCUCGAAAAGCUGUUCGACAUCGCACUAGACCUGACGCACCAACGAGAUUAGAGAAGAUGGAAGAAACAACAAACAAAAUCAGCCUUGCACUUGAGAUUCAAGAAGGUUUAGGAACGAAGCCUGAGUUGCCACAGGACUGCCGCAGUCUGCCCUGCCUGAACGGGGGCACAUGUGUGAGCGGAGGCGACUCCUUCAUCUGCGACUGCGCAGCGGAGUUCAAGGGCAGACAGUGUGAGCUGUUGUGCCAGCGAGUGCCGCACCCCUGCACCCGUCUCUACUCUGAGACCAAGAGUGUGCCCGUGUGGGAGGGUGGAGUGUGCCACUACCUGUACAAAAGGACGUAUAAAGUACAGCAGGAUGUUUGUUAUCGAGAGAUUUGUGAACCGACGACUCCAAAGAAAAGUCAGAUCAGAAGAACAAACAGACAACAAUAAAAGAGCACUCGGGUACUGAUGAAAGGACCGUCAUCACUGUCAUGUGAAAAGCCCUAACUUCAAAUUUGGUGUUUAUAAUCUACUUGAAGUAACUGAUUAUUUUUUGUGCUGAGAAACUCUGUCAGCGCCCACUGUAACAUUUUUUUUUUUUUAGAAACAGUCCAUCAUUCAUGUGGAAAUAAGGUUGUGUUUGUUCAUUCCUGAGAGCUGUGUUUGGAGCUCCACGCCUCAUGAGAGGACUUCAGUCGAUCAGAGGACACAUCAUUUAUCAUUGCCGAUGCUCGAUGACUGAUUCUACGCACAAACACACACGUGUGCAAAUGUUAACGGUGAGCAGUCGGCUGUACCGCAUCGGAGACCUUAUAUACCUCAUGUCCAUGUCCAUGCUGACACAUUAGGAGAGGUUUUUUAGGAUUUGUGAUUCAGCUGCAGGUGUUGUCCCUCAGGUAAAAUAACUGUAGAGUGU